UCCGCCCUGGAAAGUCCUUUUGAGGAAAUGGCCCUGGUGAGGGGCGGCUGGCUGUGGAGACAGAGCUCCAUCCUCCGCCGCUGGAAGCGGAAUUGGUUCGCACUGUGGCUGGAUGGGACCCUGGGCUACUACCAAGAUGAGACUGCGCAGGAUGAGGAGGACCGCGUGCUCAUCCACUUCAACGUCCGAGACAUAAAGAUCGGCCAAGAGUGCCACGACGUGCAGCCCCCAGAGGGCCGGAGCCGAGAUGGCCUGCUGACCGUGAACCUACGAGAGGGCUCCCGCUUGCACCUGUGUGCAGAGACCCGGGAUGAUGCCAUAGCAUGGAAGACAGCACUGCUGGAGGCGAACUCCACCCCGGCCCCAGCUGGAGCCACCGUCCCUCCCAGGAGCCGCCGGGUUUGCCCCAAGGUCAGGUGUGUGACUCGCUCGUGGAGCCCCUGUAAGGUUGAGAGGCGGAUCUGGGUGCGCGUCUACAGCCCGUACCAGGACUACUAUGAGGUGGUGCCCCCGAACGCGCACGAGGCCACAUAUGUCCGCAGCUACUAUGGACCGCCCUAUGCUGGCCCCGGCGUGACGCACGUAGUGGUCCGGGAGGAUCCUUGCUACAGCGCGGGCGCCCCCCUGGCCAUGGGCAUGCUUGCGGGAGCCGCCACAGGUGCAGCGCUUGGCUCUCUCAUGUGGUCACCCUGCUGGUUCUGAGCCCUGGACCCUGAGCAUAGACCAAAAAGACCCCUUUCCUCCUUGGCCGCACCCUCCAUCAUCUAAGCCCUGUCCCACUCUGGCCCCUUACUUUCCAUUAGCCCCUUCUGGGCUUGGAUCGUUCCUCCCACUCCCCACCCUCACCCCGCACAUGGGAAGAAGCUAUCAUCCCAGGCACAAAUAUAGCUCAAAAUUCUUUUACCUACCGCUAGACACCCCAGAAAUCCGUUAUAGACACAUAUGUUUC